UCGUUACGGUACCUAAAACUCACUGGUUCCAAAUCCCACAACAAAACCCCUAUCUCUCUAUCCGAAUGCAAUUAUGCAUCUAUGUUUCUCUCUCUACAUUUCGGAUGAGUAGCAGAGCAAUAGCCGAAUAGAGAUGACAAUGAAUUCUCUCUCUCUCUACUCUCCUCUUCCUUCCAUCUCCAAUUCAAGGCUCGAUUCCUCCAAAACCCUGAUUUUUCUCAGAACAUCUUCCCAUGGAAGCCCCAAACGCCUCUCCUUGUUCAGAAAAGCUUUGCGAGCUCCAAUUAUCAUCUGUUCUUCUGCUAAUGACUCCUCUGAUUCAGUCCCUUCCGGCGAAAACAUCCCUAGCUUCUGCAUUAUAGAAGGACCAGAGACUGUUCAGGAUUUUGUUCAGAUGCAGCUGCUGGAAAUCCAGGACAAUAUAAGGAGUAGGCGCAAUAAGAUUUUUCUCCUCAUGGAAGAGGUUCGGAGAUUACGUGUACAACAACGCAUAAAGAGUGCUAAAAAGGUUCUUGAUGAGAAUGGUGAAGAGGAAGCUGAGAUGCCUGAAAUCCCAUCGUCGAUUCCAUUUCUCCCUCAUGUGACACCAAAGACAUUGAAGCAGCUAUACCUGACAAGCUUUUUUUUCGUAUCUGGGAUUAUUGUCUUUGGGGGUCUUCUUGCACCAAUAUUGGAGUUGAAAUUAGGCAUAGGAGGCACCUCAUAUGAAGAUUUUAUACACAGCAUGCAUUUGCCUAUGCAAUUAAGUCAGGUCGACCCUAUCGUGGCAUCUUUUUCAGGUGGGGCAGUGGGUGUGAUUUCAGCUUUGAUGAUACUUGAAGCUAACAAUGUUGAGCAACAAGAGAAGAAAAGGUGCAAGUAUUGCCAUGGAAUUGGGUACUUGGCCUGUGCCCGUUGUUCCGCAAGUGGUGUAUGUUUGAAAAUUGAACCUAUUUCAGUAUCCAAUGCUUCUGAUCGCCCAUUACAUGCACCCACUACUCAAAGGUGUUUAAACUGCUCAGGCGCUGGAAAGGUAAUGUGCCCAACAUGCCUUUGCACAGGGAUGGUUAUGGCAAGUGAACAUGACCCGCGAAUUGAUCCAUUUGAUUAAAAGAGAGUGAAGAUCCUCAUCAUAGGAUGUAAUUCUGUUGCUUCAUGUAAUUUUACCCCAAAAAUUGUAUUUGUUGAGAAGGGCAAAAUGUCCACUGAUAUUUGUCUGUACCCAGUUAUACAAUUUUUUAGUACUCUAUAAAAAUAGGAUUUGCAUGCAUUUGUUUUGAAGAUAAUGAAGUACUUUCACAAAAUAUAUAUUACAUGGAAUAUUGGUUAUGCAAAA